CUUUUUCUGAAGAUCAAGAAGAUACAGAACAUAAAAAACCUAUAGUGGCAUCAUGAUCAUAAAAGUUUCAAAUAGACUAUAGAUUUAGGAGGCUGUGGCACCCAAUUUAUUAAAGGAUGAAAAAAGUUAUGUACAAGAGCAGUAGCAUUAAGAUAUGCAACUGAAAGAUAAGAAAAGGAGAGAAGAUGAAAAGGUUUGAUGAUUGAGUACUUAGCUUAAGUAGGGAGCUACCACUUCCACUUAGGAAGGGAGGAGGAGGAGGAGGUAGUGACGUCAAACCAUGUAAAGGGAAGGUAGAUAUUAUAGAUGAAAACAUUGUUUUAGACAUUGAAAUGCAUCCAUAUUUUCCAAUAUAUAUUAAAAUCGAUAGAGACGGCGAAGCUUAUCAUUGUCACUUGCAGCUCUUUCAUGGCAGCCCACCUAUCUAUUUAUAAACCUCUCUCAUCCUCUCAACCGUCACCACUUCAACAAGCUCCAUCCCCCCUCUCCCUCUCCGUUCUGCAGUCGCCUUUUGCUUGUCCUACUCCUUCAUAUAUCCAUUUCUAGCAACCCAAUUACAAAACUCUCCCUUGUGUCAUAAUCUACCGUCCUUUGGUAUAUUGGUACACGGUAAACUUUUUCAUUUUGGUUCAUCAACCUCCAUAUUUUCCUCUAUAAUCACAGAAUCUUUGUAAAGAGCUACUUGUACUAGUCCACUCCAGAAUCCAACCAAUCCAUUUUUUUCACCUGGCUCUCUCAUCAUGGCCCAUUUGUCCGACCAUGACGAUCUUUUUACGCCGAAAUGCAAAUGGGUGAAUGGCCCGCUCAUCGUCGGAGCUGGUCCUUCAGGCCUGGCUGUAGGCGCAUGCCUAAAGGAGCAUGGCGUUCCAUUUGUCAUCCUCGAGAGGUCUGACUGCAUUGCCUCCCUCUGGCAAAAGCACACCUACGAUCGCUUAAAACUGCACCUCCCCAAGCAAUUCUGCCAGCUCCCCAAGCUCCCCUUCCCUGACGACUUCCCCGAGUACCCAUCCAAGAAACAAUUCAUAGACUACUUGGAGUCCUAUGCCAAGAUCUUUGAGCUCAAUCCACAAUUCAAUGAGACGGUCCAAUCUGCGAGGUACGAUGAGACGGCCAGCAUGUGGCGAGUAAGGACCGUCGUGUCGGGGAGCAGGAUUGCAGGCAGGAACACCGAGGUGGAGGAAGAGUACAUUUGCCAGUGGCUGGUGGUGGCUACAGGGGAGAAUUCAGAGUGUGUGAAGCCAGAGGUGGAAGGAUUGGAGGAAUUCGGUGGUCAGAUCAUCCAUGCUUGUGACUACAAGUCUGGUGAAGCCUACCGAGGGAAGCAGGUGCUGGUGGUGGGAUGUGGCAACUCUGGCAUGGAACUCUGCCUUGAUCUCUGCCACCACAAUGCCUUCCCAACAAUGGUGAUCCGAGACUCGGUUCAUGUACUACCAAGGGAGGUUCUUGGGAAAUCGACAUUCGAGUUAGCAGUGUCCUUGAUGAAAUGGCUCCCAAUCUGGCUGACUGAUAGGAUUUUAUUGGCUUUAUCAUGGAUGAUACUUGGGGAUAUAAAGAAGUAUGGCCUAAAGCGACCUUCGGAAGGUCCCCUGGAGCUCAAAAACACACAGGGAAAGACCCCUGUUUUGGACAUCGGUGCUUUAGGAAAAAUUAGAUCUGGUGAGAUAAAGGUGGUUCCUGGAAUCAAGAGGUUCUCGCAUGGGAGAGUUGAGUUGGUUGAUGGUCGGGUCCUCGAUGUGGAUUCAGUUAUUAUGGCCACCGGUUAUCGCAGCAAUGUUCUUUCAUGGCUGCAGGGCACUGAUUUCUUCUCCAAAGAUGGAUUUCCAAAAGAGCCAUUCCCCAAUGGGUGGAAAGGGAAGUCAGGGCUCUAUGCUGUUGGGUUUACAAGGAGAGGGCUCUCUGGUGCCUCCUUGGAUGCAGUGAGGAUAGCAGAGGACAUUGGCAGGGUCUGGCAAAGCAGGCAAAGCAUAUCAUUGCUUGCCAUGGGAGAUGCAGCUCACAAAUAUGAUGAGAAGAUUUUGAUCUCCUGUUUAUUUGUUCCCUGGUGUUUUGCGUUGUACAAUAGUGUGACUGUUUCAGAAAAAAGGGAAAGAUAAAAGAAGGGAAGAGCAGAACCGUCUCUCAAUGGAGCCCAUAUUUUGCAAAAGUAAUGGGUGUAAUGUAUAGAGAAAAGUUGAUGAUGAAGAGGCUUUUUCAAAUUUUGAGACUUUGUACAAUCAUUUAGACAUUUAGUUUUAAUGGAUAAGGCGCCACACUUUUUUUUAAAUUAAA